AUGAAUGAAGCCCACAAGGCCACACUAAUCAUCGAAAUCAUGAUCAUGUACAUACACCACAGCCAGAUUCUUCCUGCUCUUCGCACUUUGGAAAUGGUCGUGAUAUUCCCCGCUGUCUACUCCCGACCAAUGUUUGACCUCUGA